GGAAGUGAGAGAGCUGACGAGCCCCGUUCACUGCAGAAACAUGUUCAGAUCAGAGCUCAGAGCACUUUAAGUUAUCAGGAAGUGAAACUCAGACAGUCGUUGACACUCAGAGGUGAGAUGGCCCAGCAAAACAAUCAGCUGGACCGAGCAAAGUUCUGCUGUUCCGUCUGUUUGGAUCUACUGAAGGAUCCGGUGACUAUCCCCUGUGGACACAGCUACUGCAGGAACUGUAUUCAAAGCUACUGGGACAAAGAGGAUGAGAAGAAAACCCACAGCUGCCCUCAGUGCAGGCAGAGCUUCACACCGAGGCCUGAGCUGGUGAAAAACACCAUGUUAGCAGAUUUACUGGAGGAGCUGAAGAAGACUGGACUCCAAGCUGCUGCUGCUGAUCUCUGCUAUGCUGGACCUGAAGAUGUGGCCUGUGAUGUCUGCACUGGGAGGAAACUGAGAGCUGUCAAGUCCUGUCAGGUCUGUUUGGUUUCUUUCUGUGAGAAACAUCUUCAGCCUCACUUUGAAAUCCCUGCGUAUGAAAAACACAAGCUGGUGGAGCCGUCAGAGAAGCUCCAGGAGAACAUCUGCUCUCGUCACGAUGAGGUGAUGAAGAUGUUCUGCCGUACUGAUCAGCAGUGUAUCUGUUAUCUCUGCUCUGUGGACGAACAUAAAGGCCACGACACAGUGUCAGCUGCAGCAGAGAGGACUGAGAGGCAGAGAGAGCUGGAGGGGAGUCGACACAACAUCCAGCAGAGAAUCCAGGACAGAGAGGAAGAUGUGAAGCUGCUUCAACAGGAGGUGGAGGCCAUCAAUGGCUCUGCUGAUAAAGCAGUGGAGCACAGUGAGAAGAUCUUCACCCAGCUGAUCCGUCUCAUGGCGAAAAGAUGCUCUGAUGUGAAGCAGCAGGUCAGAUCCCAGCAGGAAACUGAAGUGAGUCGAGUCAAAGAGCUUCAGGAGAAGCUGGAGCAGGAGAUCACUGAGCUGAAGAGGAAAGACGCUGAGCUGAAGAAGCUCUCACACACAGAGGAUCACAACCAGUUUCUACACAACUACCCCUCACUGUCAGCACUCAGUGAGUCUACACACUCAUCCAGCAUCAACAUCCGUCCUCUCAACUACUUUGAGGAUGUGACAGCAGCUGUGUCAGAGCUCAGAGACAAACUACAGGACGUCCUGAGAGACACAUGGACCAACAUCUCACUGACAGUGACUCAAGUGGAUGUUUUACUGUCAAACCCACAACCAGAGCCGAAGACCAGAGCUGGAUUCUUAAGAUAUUCACGUGAAAUCACACUGGAUCCAAACACAGCAAACACACAUCUGUUAUUAUCUGAAGGGAACAGAAAAGCAACUUUAAUGAGAGACGAACAGUCUUAUUCUGAUCACCCAGACAGAUUCAGUGUAAAGUUUCAGGUCCUGAGUAGAGAGAGUCUGACUGGACGUUGUUACUGGGAGGUGGAGUGGAGAGGAAGAGGAGUUUAUGUAGCAGUCGCAUACAAGAAUAUCAGCGGAGCAGGGAACUCGACUCAUCAAUUUGGAUACAGUGACACAUCGUGGAUGUUAGAUUGCAAGAAGAAAUUUUAUAAAUUUGUACACAACAAUAUUGAAACUCCCGUCUCAGGUCCUCGGUCCUCCAGAGUUGGAGUGUACCUGGAUCACAGUGCAGGUAUUCUGUCCUUCUACAGCGUCUCUGACACCAUGACUCUCCUCCACAGAGUCCAGACCACAUUCACUCAGCCGCUCUAUGCUGGAGUUGGGUUUUGUUAUAAUGGAUCCAGUGCUAAGUUCAGUGAACUCAAAUAGUCAUUUAAGGGUCAGUGAGUUAAAUUCAGAGUUUUAACUCUUAAACUUAUUCUGUCUUCAUGUUUGUGGCUGAUUGCUGUGUGGUGUCUUCACCUGUCAAUCAAACAUUGUGGGCGGUACUUUGACAUCUUGUCAUCUGUUGUUGUGUAAAUGUCUGAGUGUCUUUAGGUGGCGCUCCUUCCUGUGUCUGUUUAACCAUGGAGGCUCUCACUGCUCAUCAUGACUUUUGUUCAGCUGAACUGACACUUUUCAGCAGGAAAUUUAAUCUUUUUCUAUAUUAAUCUAUUUUUACGUUGUUAUUUUUUCCUAAAGAGAAUGAAGCAGCAGAGCUUAAGUAAUCUUACUAUCAUCACUUUGUACAUAUGUGAGGAAAUCUUUUACCACAUUUGCAUUUAAGAUUUAGUUUUGUUACAUAUCUUUAAAUGUGUCUUUACUGAUGUUGUUUGAAGCUGCCAAAGGCUCAGUGAAGUUUCCACAUGUCUUCCUGCAGUGAACAUCACAGCAGGUGAACAAGUGAACUGUGAAAACUGCUGCAGGACACCAGAGGGCGCCGUCAUCCUGCUGCCAGAGAUGUAGUGGAGGUUAAAGCUGCUCAAAUAUGUAGUUUCCUGGUGGUGGUUUGGUUUAUGACAGUGUAUCCAGGGUGAUUACUGGUCACCCUCCAUAAUUUUACCAUGACGAAAUCUGAAUCUGUAUGUUUUAAAACUCUUUCAGGGUGUCUUCUUGUGAAUUAAGUUUGUUCUACCAGCUGCUGAAGUUCAGUUUGAUCAUGUUGUGUUCUGGUUGUGUGACAGAAGGUUGUUCUUUGAUUCUUUUAUCUUUGAUAAAGCAAAACAGAAAGGUGAGAUGAUGUUGUUGCUUUUGUUUCUUUUCUCUCCAUGUUAAAGUUUUUUUCUUGAAAUUACUUUGAGGUGUGUGUAAUAACUCCUGUUUGUUAUUUGAAGAUGUUUAAUAAAGUUAAAUGCCAAAAAAUAA